GACCAGUGUUCCUUUGUGUUUUCACUUGUCCUAUUCUAUUCUAUGCAUAUAAUGCAACACACCUGUUUUCUACUUCUUCCCCUUUUCAAACUCAAACUUUCCCUUCUCAACAAGAACAACUAACUCAAAAACCCUAACACAAACCCUUCAACUUCAAACAUUGCAACAAUGCACAGAAAAAUCUUGUUCUUGUUCCUCUCAUCAUCACUACUCUUCACAACAACAACCUCAAAAUCAACAAUCGAACCAUGCACAAACUCAGACACAUGUAAUGCAUUACUCGGUUACACACUCUACACAAACCUCAAAGUCUCCGAAGUUUCUUCCCUUUUUCAAAUCGAUCCAAUCUCUCUUCUAACCGCCAAUGCAAUUGACAUAUCUUACCCAGACGUAGAACAUCACAUCCUUCCUUCAAAACUUUACCUCAAAAUCCCAAUCUCAUGUUCUUGUGUUGAUGGAAUUCGUAAAUCUGUUUCAACAAACUAUAAGAUUCGUCCUUCUGAUACUCUUUCAUCUAUUGCUGAUUCUGUUUAUGGUGGUUUAGUUUCUUCUGAUCAACUUAAAGAAGCUAAUUCUAUAACUGAUGUUAAUGUUCUUGAUGUUGGACAGAAUCUUGUUGUUCCUCUUCCUUGUACUUGUUUCAAUGGUUCUGAUAAUGCUUUGCCUGCUAUUUAUUUGUCUUAUGUUGUUCAACCGUUGGAUAGUUUAGGUUCUAUUGCUGCUAGGUAUUUUACUACUCUUACUGAUUUGAUGAAUGUUAAUGCUUUGGGAAGUACUUCUAUCUCUAAUGGUGAUAUUCUUGCUAUUCCGAUUCCGGCUUGUGCUUCAAAUUUCCCAAAAUAUUCUUCUGAUUUUGGCUUGCUUGUCCCUAAUGGAAGUUAUGCCAUUACAGCAGGCCAUUGUGUGCAAUGUAGCUGUGGACCCCGAAACUUAAAUUUGUACUGUAUGCCGGCUUCACUAGCUGUUUCUUGCUCCAGCAUGCAAUGUAAAAACAGCAACCUUAUGCUCGGCAAUGUUACCAUUCAACAAACUAGUGGUGGUUGCAAUGUGACUUCUUGCAUUUAUGAUGGUAUUGCUAAUGGCACCAUAGCAACAACGUUGACUCCAUCCCUUCAGCCUCGAUGUCCAGGGCAGCAGGAAUUCCCCCCUCUUAUCGCCCCACCUACAUCUGUUGAGAGAGAUUCAGUAUUUGCACCGGCACCAUCACCAUCAUCGUUUGACGGAAUCGAUGGAAGAUCGCCCAAAUCAUCAAUCAUGCCUUCAACAGGAUUUACUCCUGCUAAUGGCCCUAUUAGUGGGAUUUCUUCUGGCGCUUCUGCUGCAUCCUCCUUGGUGAAACCAUUACCCACGUUGACGCUUCCACUUGUGUUGUUACUUGUCAAGUUGAUGAUCCCUGCGGCAUUGUAAUCUUCUCAAUUUUGUAGUGGGUUUAAAUAUGUCUAUGCCACAGGUGCUCCUAUCUAUUGUAGUUGUUAGUAUUCAUCUGUACUCUCUAACUGAUUGUGAAUCCGGAAAACUAUGGGAUUUCGGGUUUAAUCUUACGUUUAGCCUUUUGUUC